UUCGGCUUAUGACCAAGUGCGCAAGACUCGCGUGGCCAUCAAGAAGAUCAGCCCCUUUGAGCAUCAGACCUACUGCCAGCGCACGCUGCGGGAGAUCCAGAUCUUGCUGCGCUUCCGCCAUGAGAACGUCAUCGGCAUCCGAGACAUUCUCCGGGCGCCCACCCUGGAAGCCAUGAGGGAUGUCUACAUCGUGCAGGACCUGAUGGAGACAGAUCUGUACAAGUUGCUCAAAAGCCAGCAGCUGAGCAAUGACCACAUUUGCUACUUCCUCUACCAGAUCCUGCGUGGCCUCAAGUAUAUCCACUCUGCCAAUGUGCUCCACCGGGACCUAAAGCCCUCCAACCUGCUCAUCAAUACCACCUGCGACCUUAAGAUCUGUGAUUUUGGCCUGGCCCGGAUCGCUGAUCCCGAGCACGACCACACUGGCUUUCUGACAGAGUAUGUGGCUACACGCUGGUACCGGGCCCCCGAGAUCAUGCUGAACUCUAAGGGCUACACCAAGUCCAUCGACAUCUGGUCCGUGGGCUGCAUCCUGGCCGAGAUGCUCUCCAACCGGCCCAUCUUCCCUGGCAAGCACUACCUGGACCAGCUCAACCACAUUCUGGGCAUCCUGGGCUCUCCGUCCCAGGAGGACCUGAACUGUAUCAUCAAUAUGAAGGCCCGGAACUACCUACAGUCUCUGCCCUCCAAAACCAAGGUGGCCUGGGCUAAGCUGUUUCCCAAGUCGGACUCCAAAGCACUUGACCUGCUGGACCGGAUGUUAACUUUUAACCCCAACAAACGGAUCACCGUGGAGGAAGCACUGGCCCACCCUUACCUGGAGCAGUACUAUGACCCAACGGAUGAGCCAGUGGCAGAGGAGCCCUUCACUUUCGACAUGGAGCUGGAUGAUCUGCCCAAGGAGCGGCUGAAGGAGCUCAUCUUCCAGGAGACAGCCCGCUUCCAGCCCGGGGCACUGGAGGCCCCCUAACCUGGGCAGAUGUCCCUGUCCCCUGGGGCCCGGUCAGCGGCUUGCACACCUGGAGGGACCCUGCCAGGCCUACUCCCACCCACACUGCACUCCUUGCCGCCUCCAAUCUCUUCCUGACUUUGACCAGCUGUGGCCCAGUAGGAAGAAGGCAGACACUGCUCGUCUCCAAUCUCAGCUGUCACUUAAUACGAGCUACAUGACAUUGUGCAAGACACCGCGCCUCUCCACACCUCAGCUACCUGGGGACAGUUCUAAUGCAGAGGCAAACGCUGGAGGACUCCUAAGCGAUGUUCUAAGUUCACACGUAUUCAUUCACUUUUUUAGCAGUACUAGGACUUUGAGCUAGGUACGACCACUUGCCCCAUGUACAGAUGAGAAAGCCAAGACCAUCCUCCCCAUCUCCCCAGCCGUGAGGACGAAGUGGAAGACCCUGGGUCUGUGCUCCAUCAGGUCCCCUCAGGAGAGCUAAUUGUGC